GAUAGCGGCAAGAUGGCGGACCGUGGCGGCGUGGGUGAAGCCGCGGCUGUUGGAGCGUCUCCUGCAUCUGUCCCUGGCCUAAACCCGACGCUAGGCUGGAGGGAGCGACUGCGGGCCGGGCUGGCGGGGACUGGGGCCUCGUUGUGGUUCGUGGCGGGGCUGGUGCUGCUUUACGCUCUGAGGAUCCCUUUGAGGCUGUGUGAGAAUUUGGCAGCGGUGACUGUAUUUUUAAAUUCAUUGACACCCAAAUUCUAUGUGGCACUUACAGGGACCUCUUCAUUGAUAUCAGGACUAAUAUUUAUAUUUGAAUGGUGGUACUUCCAUAAGCAUGGCACAUCUUUUAUUGAGCAAGUAUCUGUAAGCCAUUUGCAACCACUGAUGGGAGGAACAGAGAGCAGCAUUUCAGAACCAGGUUCUCCUUCGAGGAACAGAGAAAAUGAAUCCAGCAGACAGAAUUUGUCAGAAUGGAAGGUAUGGAGAAACCCUCUAAAUCUUUUCAGAGGAGCAGAAUAUAGGAGAUACACUUGGGUGACUGGUAAAGAGCCACUUACAUACUAUGACAUGAACCUGUCAGCUCAGGACCAUCAGACCUUUUUCACCUGUGACACAGAUUUUUUACGUCCUUCAGACACAGUUAUGCAGAAGGCUUGGAGGGAAAGAAAUCCUCCAGCUCGAAUCAAAGCAGCCUAUCAAGCUUUAGAAUUAAACAAUGACUGUGCCACUGCAUAUGUUCUACUGGCUGAGGAAGAAGCAACAACUAUUGUAGAUGCUGAAAGGUUAUUUAAACAGGCACUCAAGGCAGGAGAAACAAUUUAUAGGCAGUCACAGCAGUGCCAGCACCAAAGUCCUCAGCAUGAAGCUCAACUGAGGAGAGAUACCAAUGUACUGGUAUAUAUUAAAAGAAGAUUGGCAAUGUGUGCAAGAAAAUUAGGAAGAAUAAGAGAAGCAGUAAAAAUAAUGAGAGAUUUGAUGAAAGAAUUUCCUCCUCUUACCAUGUUGAACAUCCAUGAAAAUCUCUUAGAAUCACUUUUAGAAUUACAGGCCUAUGCAGAUGUUCAGGCAGUCCUAGCAAAAUAUGAUGAUAUAAGCCUUCCAAAGUCAGCAGCAAUCUGUUACACAGCAGCACUGUUGAAGACAAGGACUGUUUCAGAAAAAUUCUCUCCAGAAACAGCCUCCAGAAGAGGAUUAAGCACAGCAGAAAUUAAUGCCGUGGAAGCAAUUCAUAGAGCUGUGGAAUUUAAUCCUCAUGUUCCAAAAUAUUUAUUAGAGAUGAAAAGUUUAAUUUUACCUCCAGAACACAUUCUGAAACGGGGUGAUAGUGAAGCAGUUGCCUAUGCUUUCUUUCAUCUUCAGCACUGGAAACGAAUAGAAGGUGCUCUUAAUCUGUUACAGUGUACAUGGGAAGGCACUUUUAGAAUGAUUCCAUACCCGUUAGAGAAAGGGCAUCUAUUUUACCCUUAUCCCAGCUGCACAGAGAUGGCUGAUAGAGAGCUAUUACCUACCUUUCAUCAUGUUUCUGUUUACCCAAAAAAGGAGCUUCCUUUGUUCAUCCAUUUCACAGCAGGAUUUUGCUCUUCUACAGCAAUGAUAGCCAUUCUCACUCACCAGUUUCCUGAAAUCAUGGGUAUUUUUGCUAAAGCUUGUUUGCUCUAUGCAGUAGGAGCAUCACCAUCACCCAGGAGCUCAUGAAAAAUGCAUAACCUCAGGCACCAUUCCAGACCUUCUGAAUCAGAAUCUACAUUUUAACAAGAUCCCCAGGUGAUCCUAUAUAUACAUUUAAAGCUUGGAGAAACUUGCUGUACUCUACCCGCAGUAAGAGGAAUUUAGAACAGCUCGAUAGUGCUGCCUUGUCAAGGUGGAAAAAAGGCAGCAUUGCAGAGUCGUUAUGAAAUAGAUUCUGGAGGCAGGCUGCUUUGCUUUGAAUUCUAGCCCUGAAACAAUGCUAUACAACCUCGGGUUACUUACUUAACCUUUUCUACCCUUAGUUGUAAAAUGAGAAUACUACUACCUCUCAUGGGUUUUGGUGAGCGUUAAAUGACUUUAAAAUAUGCAAGUGUUAGGACUAUGUCUACCCACAGUAAAAACUAGGUGAGUGUUAGCUGUUGUUGCUACCUUUAUUGUCAUCAUCAUCACCAAAGUGCAAUCGUGGGAAACCCUACCCCCUUCUUGUUUAAAGGAGAUAUGUCCUAACAGUCAGCUCAAAAUGCAUUUUUCCAUAGAAACUGUAGUAUAAAUGGUGGUUGGGUAUAAUUUUAAAAACACUAUUAGUAGGCCAGGUGCAAUGGCUCUCGUGCUUGUAAUCCCAGCACUUUGGGAUGCCAAGGCAGGCGGAUCACUUGAGCUCAGGAGUUCAUGACCAGCCUGGGUAACAUGGUGAAACCCCAUCUCUUCCAAAUAUACAAAAAAAUUAGCCAGGCGUGGUGGUGUGCACCUGUGGUCCUAGCUAUUCAGGAGGCUGAAAUGGGAGGAUCACCUGAACCUGGGAGGUGGAGGCUGCAGUGAGCCAUGAUUUCACUAUUGCACUCCAGCCUGGGCAACAGAGCAAGACCCUGUCUCAAAAAAAAUACUGUAAUACUAUGCUUCUGGCAUAUUAUGUGUAUAUGAAUGUAGAAAGUGAAGAAAUGUUUCAGGUUCUAGGCACUGGCAAACUACCUUGUAGAACAGAACCUGUUGGUAAGCUGCAAACUGUCUGUGUUAGCAUUUCCAGUUAAUUCAGAUAUUUGAUGGCCAAAUAAAGUAGAAAUUGGUGAAGAAUCUUUGAGACAUACUUGUUCUAUUUCAGAAGACAGACUUUUAAAAAAUUUCCUAAAUUUCUUUAUUGUUACCAUUGUCUCUUUCUCGUCUAAUAUCUUUUCGUAAUAGCUCACAUGCCAGAGCAAAUUGAGUUUGAAUUUCUUAAAAUGCAUUUGUUAAAAAAAUUGUGUUAUGGUGAGGCCAGGCACUGGACACUGAUUUUAAAUAAUUCUCACUGUACAUCAGAUUUAGAGAAAUGAAAGGGAAUGAACUAGAAUGGCUAAUGGUUUUAGUGCCUCUUCUUUUGCAUGGUAUACGGCUAUGUGGAAUAGACUUCAUUUUUAGCAAGUUAGGACUUUUUUCCCCUGAUUUUUCUCCUGGCUGAGAUGAAAACCUAGUCUGACAUUAGACACAGAGCAAUGAAAAAGUGUUGCAUAAAUCCCUGGAGAUGUGGAAUGUGCUUAUAUCAGAGCUGAUAUUCUCUAAGGCCAGAAUUCCUGAAAAAGGAAAAAUUGCUUUUAAGUGGUAGGUCAUUUUCUCACCUGCUUUGAAGCCUGCUGGAUUAAAUAUGAGAGUUCAAAGUAAGGGUAGCCAGCAAACCAACUGAACUGGAAUCUGAUUCUGCUUAUCUGAAAGGAGCUUCUUUAUUUAACAACAGGACUGCCCUCUCCUUAGAGAACCAAUCUUCUACUCUGGCCCCUUUCAUUUCUCUUGCAAGAAAAGUGUUCUUCUUAGCAAGGCUUGGGAGGGUGUUAUCACAACAGUGAAAAGACUUAAAGAUGGUCUUGGGGGUUUCACUAACUUACUGAUAAACUCAGACUUGUGGUAUGUGACUUUAGUGUUUUGAAUUCAGAAGUGUGUUUAAAUAUUAAAGUCUCUAAUUGGGGCCAGUCAUGGUGGCUCACGCCUGUAAUCUCAGCACUUUGGAAGGCUGAGGCCUGCGGAUCACUUGAGGUCAGGAGUUAGAGACCAGCCUGGCCAACAUGGUGAAAACCCAUCUCUACUAAAAAUACAAAAAAAAAUUAGCUGGGCGUGGUGGUACUUGCCUGUAAUCCCGGCUACUUGGGAGGCUGAGGCAGGAGAAUUGCUUGAACCUAGGAGGCGGAAGUUGCAGUGAGCCGAGAUCGCGUCGCUGCACUCCAGCCUGGGUAACAGAACGAGACUCCAUCUCAAAAAAAAAAAAAAGUCCCUAGUUGGGUUUUAACUAAACAGGGUAGUCUUUGCAAUUUUGGCAGAAAAGGGUGUUACAGGUAAAGGUAGGAAUCAGAGAUUCCCAAAUAAAUUGUCUGUUUUAGUACAGCAAAACUUUGUUGAAGUUUGUUUUACUGAACGCAUAUUGUAGCUGUGCUGCGGUGGGAAUGGGCUUUGUUUCCACAUAUUUCUACUAAUCUUUAUGUGGGAAAAUGUGGUUGGACAUGCCAAUGAUGAAUUUCUGAGCAACUCAUAAUUGGCUGGCUCCACUGUAACUAGGGCCUUACAAUCUGCUUGAUUAAUUCUUUAAGGACUACAUUAGCCAAGUUGCAUGAUUUCCAAAGAUAUAGAAGGUCAGAUGUUACACUAACAAAGAACCUCUCUACAGAAUGUCUCACUGGGGUUUCUUUAGUCCCUUCUCAAAAAUAAUUAAAAUUUUUCUUCCCAAAUUACAUUUUUAAAAGAAUAAGCAGAUAUAAAUGCCAAGUGUCUUUUACUGAAAAGUGAACAAAACUUUUGGGAAGAUUUGUCCACUAUUCUUACCAUUUUUUUCAGGGAAAAGAUUGAUCUUCAGAACCGGGGGAGUUAAUAAACAAUUAUAACUAUAUAUUAAUGUAUACCAAUUGAAAAAUAUAUGUUUUUUUAAAGGUUCUGAGUUUUCCAUUAUUAUAACCUGUGACAUGAUAGUUGUAUACUUCUUUAUUAAAUUCCUAGGGCCACAUUCAGAAAUUAAAUUAAUGAUUAAAAUAAAUUUCUUCACUUUGUUUGAAAAUGGAUUACUUUCAAAGCUAUGAGACUUUUUUAGUUCGUAAGAACUGAUACAGUUUUAAAAACAUUUUGAAAUGUAACUAAACUUACAUUUCUGUAAAAUAUUCUAUAACCAUGCUAUUUCCACAGUUAUAAAUCUGAGUUGUUUCCCAGAGAUAAUACAGAUAAUAAAAUAAACCUAUUGUGUGACAGGUCAAAAUUUUUAAAUGUUCACAUAUUUGUUCCAUUGUUGGUGCAUCUAAAGUCUUUAUUUGGGCAGUCUGGCAUAUUCAAUUUUAAUUUUCUUUACUAACUGGGAUUUUGGAUCAAGAGAAAAGACGUUCUCUACCUCCUAGAAGGGUAUUUCUCAUGUUUCAUCCUUGUUUUUCUGCUUCAAAAAGAACCAAACUAAGAAAUUUGUGAAAUUGCUGGUAUUAUUCAUCCAGAUUUUCUAAGCACUGAGCUCUUCUAAGGGGGAAAGAAAAUAAUAAAAGUUAGGAAAAUGUACUUUUUUUUUUUUUUGAGACAGAGUCUCACUCUUUCACCUAGGCAGGAGUGCAGUGGUGCCAUCUUGGCUCACUGCAACCUGGGCUCAAGUGAUCCUCCCACCUCAGCCUCCCGAGUAGCUGGGACUACAAAUAUGUGCCUCCAUGCUAGGCUAAUUUUUAAAAAUUUUUUAUAGAGAUGGGGUCUCACUUUGUUGCCCAGGCUGGUCUCCAACUCCUGAGCUCAAGCAAUCUGUCCACACCGGCCUACCAAAAUGCUGGGAUUACAGGCUUGAGCCACCGUGCCCAGCCAUGUCAAUGUACUUAUUAUUAUUAUUAUUAUUAUUGAGACAGAGUCUGCCUCUGUUGCCCAGGAUGGAGUGCAGUGGCACCAUCUGGGCUCACUGCAAUCUCCACCUUCCUGGCUCAAACCAUAUGCCCACCUCAGCCUCCCAAGUAGUUGGGACUACAAUAUGUACCACCAUGCCUGGCUAAUUUUUGUAUUUUUGGUAGAGACAGGGUUUCACCAUGUUGGCCAGGCUAGUCUUGAACUCCUGAACUCAAGUGAUCCACCCACCUGGGCCUCCCAAAGUGCUGGGAUUACAGGUGUGAGCCACUGCGCCCAGCCAACAAUAUACCGUUUAACGCAUGUGUAUAUCCCUUCCCCAGGGUUUAAUUCAGUUUUAAAGUUGGUAGAAAGCAUCCUUUUUUCCCAUUAACAUGUGCCUGUCAAGUAUGAGGUUCACAGAAGCUCUCCCAGAAUUUGUUUCACAUAUGUUUAAUCAUCUUUUUUCCCCCUCAUAGUGAAAAUCUCAUUGCUAAAAUUUAGGACAUCAUGUCACUAACUGCUACUGAUAUAUUUAUUGCUUAAUCAUUAGCACUUGGGACACAUGGAGUGCUUAGCAGUUUUUAGAAGAGCUGUGCUUAGAUAGUGAUAUAAAUCACUCAUUCGAAACCCAUUCUCCUAGUGAUAUUAUAAUUCACAAUAGGAAACACUGAUCUUUGUUUUAGAAAACAUCUCUAUCUUGCAGACCCAGCAUAGUCCUCUAAAUUGGGAGAAUCAUGGGGUACAGAAGAAAAUUAUAAUAUUGAGGAAUAGUUUUUAGCUUUUUUCUUGGUGGAGUUUGGCUCCCUUCCCCUACCAAUCAAAUGAACUAAAUUAGUGAGACUACAUAAUGUAUUACAAUUCUAAACCAAGAGUAACUCAGACUUCAGUUAGUGCUUCAUUUUUUAAGAGAUUAUACUUAUAUCCUCAUUUAUUCUUACUGGAGCCAUUGGAACAUAGACUUACCGAAACCAUGGGAACAUUAUAGAUGUAAAGUUUGAGUCAUCAAAGUUAAGUGAUGUGCCUAAAAUUACACAAUUGAUAAGAUAGCUUAUUACUUUUAGUCAUGAUACAUACUUUUGAUUUCAAUAAUAUAUCACUUCAUAACUUACACUGAAAUGAGUACAAAAGAAUAAAUUUCAUACCAGAGAUAGUAAUGCUGAGGGAAUAGAGAAUGACAGAGUGGUGAUAUCCAGUGGCUUGCUAGAGAAACUUUCCUAAAAGAGUUAAAUUUGGAGAAGAGUUUUAAAUGAAGAUGCUGAUGUGGAUUGUCAGAAAAAUAAAAAGGGUGCUUAGGUUGGAGAAAUGUUUACUGCAAAGACAAGUAUCAGUGGGCAAAUAAGCUGCCUGGGAGUACUCUUCACAGUUUAAGUCUGUUUGAUGAACUCCAAUGCUUUAAAAUAAAGAAUGAAAGCUGUGCAUGGCGGCUGACACCUGUAAUCCCAGCACUUUGGGAGGCUGAGGUGGGAGGAUUGCUUGAGCCCAGGAGUUCGAGACCAGCCUGGGCAAUUACAGUAGUAAUUAUAGUAGUAAGAGCUCAUAAAAAUGAAAAGUAAAAAUAAAAACAAAUUAGCCAGGCAUGGUGGCGCACCCCUGUAGUUUCAGCUACUUAGAAGGCGGAGACAGGAGAAUCAUCUGAGCCCAGGAGUUGGAGGUUAUGGUAAGCCAUGAUAGCAACACCACAUUCCAGCCUGGGACACAGAGCAAGACCUUGUCUUAAAUAAAUAGGUACAUAUAUACAUAUAUACAUAAAUUAAUUACUUAAAAAUAAAGAACUCAGCCAGGCGUGGUGGUUCACGCCUGUAAUCCCAGCACUUUGGGAGGCCAAGGCAGGUGGAUCAUGAGUCAAGAGAUCAAGACGAUGCUGGCCAACAUGGUGAAACCGCGUCUCUACUAAAAAUACAAAAAUUGGCUGGGCGUGGUGGCGCGCCUGUAGUCCCAGCUACUUGGGAGGCUGAGGCAGGAGAAUCACUUGAACCCAGGAGGCCAAGGUUGCCGUGAGCCAGGAUCGCGCCACUGCACUCCAGCCUGGCAACAGAGCGAGACUCCAUCUCAAAAAUAAAAUAAAAUAAAAUAACGCACAUAUGCUUUUCUUUCAAACUGAUUCAUUCCAAUGUCAUUCGUCUUGCUAGUUAGCUACUUAAGAAAGAAUGCCGCUUGGUCAUUUACGUUGCAUACUCAAACGUUACUGCAUAAAGGACUUCAGCCUCUCUAAGUGCUUAAAAUGUACAAUAAUACUAAAGAAACAGUAAGCCCUGGUUUGUAAUGAUUCAGAGGGAAUUUGACUCUCAAGUUACUUUUUUAAAGUUUUAAUAUGAAGUAUAAAUGUAUACCUUAUGUUUCAAUAUCAGUCUUCUUUCAAAAUCAAAGGGGAAGUUUGUGAAGGAUUGUAGGGGAAAGAUAAACUGAACAUAAUAAACUUUUGGUCUAAAAUAUCAUAACCUAUAAGUUUUUUCCCUAAAGUAGGAAUUUUAGGUAGCAGAGGUACUUCUAGUAAUUGUUUCAAUAGGUAGGAAACUUGGGUGUGUUCCUUAAUGCUCAUGAGGUCUCAAUAAAAUAUUGGGUUUUAAUUGGGUGUUCUAUCUGAAUUUGAGGAAAUCAUAAAAUUAUCUUUGUUCUGUAAUAACAUUAAGAUUGUCUUAGGUCUGUCUUGACAGUAGCCAGCUUCAAGGAGAGAAAUUAUUUGGGAUUCAAUAAUACUUAACAAAAUUAAGAGUAGGAUAUUCAGAGAAUGCAGAUCACAUAAUCACCUUCUGACCUCACUCUGUAAUUUCAAGCAUUCUAGAAAUAAAACUGUUCAAAGUGUAGAAAAGGGCUAUGUUUCCUUUAAACAUCCUUGCAGAUGACCAAUGUGACAGAGAGAGAAAGAUGCAGCUUAGGGGACAGUUGGAGAAGGGAGCACAUUCCCACACUCUUUGUUAGGAACAUGCCAGCUCUCAUCUUCAUUUAUUCAAUAUGCUGCAGUCCCAGUUUCUUUCUGAAGCCAGAGCUCAUGCUUUUACUCCCAGGUAGCAGCAGCUUUACAAUUAAAUUUUAAUCCGACAGUGUUGUUAGACUCCUAUCAAGAGUACAGCCACAGCUGUUCUUGGCAGGCAAAUACAUUGCUGGUUUUCCUUCAGUCACAGUGAGAUAGAAAAAUGUUCUCUGUCUAGGGUGUGGACGAAGGCACUUUACUAAUCUUAUGCAUAAUUCAUCCUUGGUUGCUGGGGCACUCAAAGUUGAAACUUUUCCCUCUGAUAAAAUUCAGCUGGAUGUUUUUUAUUUAUUAGACUCUGAUCCCUUUAGGGGUUUAGCCCUUAUUGCGAGCCCAGGGAUUCUAAUUUGGCUAAGCCCUAGCUGUGAAGACUUUUCUUACUAAUUUGCCCUUGGUGAAUUUUAGCUCUUGUAAUACCACCUUUAAAAAACAAAAAACAAAAACUGCAGUAGAACAUGCAGUUCAGAGAGUCCUGGAUAACCUGAAAAGAGUCUUCUUUGAAUGUUGGCUUAUUGAAUGGAAGGACUCCAAUAGGGCCUGUCUUGAUUUGUUUUCAAAGUUUAGAUUUUUAAAGAGCCUCAGCAAAUUAAAAUAUGGUUUUAAUUGUUCUAUAACAUGCUAAAAUAUGGUAAUGAUUGUUCUAUAACAUAUAACAGGUCUUUGCAUUUCAAAUUCAUUGGGUACCUAUGAAGUAUAAAAUAUAAUCCCUGUUCAUAAGUAACUCAUAGUCUAGUGGUAGGGGGUUUGAGAUGGGCAUGAAGAUGUAUUAGUAUAAGGUAGAAGCUAUUGCCACAAUAGAUGAGUUCAUCCUUGAAUAUUCAUUUAUUUGACUGGAAGGGAAUGGUGAGUUAUUUUCACAUGGCUCCCGUAAGAUAUAGUGACCCAAAAGGUCAAUCUAGACUAAUAGAUUAUGCUUCCUUUCAGAAGAAUUUAUUCGGUUAGGUCAAGCAAGAACAUAUAGAAAGAGAUAUCUUUAUUCUUUUCCAAAUAUGUGAUAUGGAGUACUUUCAUCUUUAUACCCAGCAGCUGGAAUUCAUCUUUUUGUAAGCAGUGGUAUUUAUUAUAAUGUUUAUAUGAAUAUAAUUUAUCAAAAAAUGGAGAGCUCCACAAUUCAAAAUUUAAGAAAUGUUUCACCUCAGAUUCAGAGUAAUUGCCUUAGACAAAAGCUCUACACUCAUACAUUUUAUAUACCUCUUUUAUAUCCUCUCAUUCCUAAUAAUGACAGAUUAAUAAGAACUAAUAGCCAUCCUGGUUUUCAAUAUGAAACAAUGUGAUUUCAUGUGAAGAAGAAUAGAAUAGUAAGAGUUAGGACCAAAAUUACUUAGUUCUUUGGGCAUGUGAGAGAAUAGGAAAGAGCUACCCAGAAUUUUCCAGAGCUCACUUGAUAAUGUCAAGAGCUGCAGCUGGCAGUCACUGAUUCUGAAAAUAGGCACACAUCAUGUUAAUCAAAAAACUAAAUAAAAGGAUAUUGGGAUAAGGCACUAAAAUAAAGUUCCUUUUGCCCUUUCUUUAUAGCUGGGUUUUGCUGAUCAAUUCUGCAUUUUUGGCAAUUCUACCUCUUUACAGGGAGAACCACCAGUAUUAUUUUCUCUUUAAGUAACUGAAAAAAUAUUUCCUAUCUUUAUUGAGCUGUCUCAUUAAAGUAACAGACUAGCUGGAUCACUGGGGAUAUGACUUUGGGAUAUAUGUUUUAAAAUAGGCACAGAGGCUGGGUGCGGUGGCUCACGCCUGUAAUCCCAACACUUUGGGAGGCCAAAGUGGGUGGAUCAUCUGAGGUCAGGAGUUUGAGACCAGCCUGGCCAACACGGUGAAACCUUGUCUCUACUAAAAACACAAAAAUUAGCCUGGUGUGGUGGCAGGUGCCUGUAAUCCCAGCUACUCAGGAGGCUGAGGCAGGAGAAUUGCUUGAACCUGGGAGGCGAAGGUUGCAGUGAGCCAAGAUCAUGCCACUGCACUCCAGCCCUAGUGACAGAGCGAGAAUCCAUCUCAAAAAACAAACAAAAAGACACAGAACCUCUCCUUGAGUUUAUACAAAUUAGGCAUGUAAUCAGUAAAUAUGGUAAAAUGUAAUCAGUAAAUAGGUAAAAUGGUAGAAGAGCAGGCCCAAGGCUAAAUUCUAAACUACUCAUGCAAACAUUAUAAUAAUACUAGAGAGUUGUAGAAUGUACUGAUUUAACCUAGUGUUGCAGUAGAAGAAAGGAAGAUAAACUAUUUGAACAACAACUUGGAGGCAGAAAACUGGGAAUUCGGCUUUGGAAUUUACUUUAUUGGUAACUAUUACUUCUCUAGCUUGUCACUCACUUCUCUGAGCUUGUCACACCUACUGGAAUAAGCAGAAAUUGUUAUUCUUUGCCUAGGUUAACAAAAUACACAUCUCCAGAUAGUAAGUUAGUUGCAUGAUGGCAUCUUCUAAUUCAGAGGUCUGAUUUGUAGCAUAUUGGUAAGGAGGCACAUUCAUAUUUCUGGGUGGUAGGGAGCCCACUUUCAUCCAUUCAUCUGCAUUCCUGUUCAAACUAGCAACUGUGUCUGCUAACAUUAGGUUCCCAGAAAAAAGAUGUAAGUAAACCCCAGUUCCACUGAGCUCCUGUGAAGGUACCCUCCAUAGAACUUGGUUGAAAAUAAUGAGCAUAGUUACCUUUUUUUUUUUUUUUUUAACUUUUAUCUUUUGGAUGGCAUUGAGAGUAACCUUCUGUUUUUUUGGCCUCAAGUUCCAUAUUGAAUUUUUUAAAAUUGCAUUUUGAGCAAUAACAUUUCCCUGGUUGCUUAACCAGUUAUACAAGUUGAGACUUCUGUCUCUAUGCCUAUUUUAUAAUAGCUUCUCUGGGAGAACAGAUGAAAAAUAAGCCAGUUAGAUAUUUUAUGAGUAUUGAAAUCCUUUCCAUUCAGAAAUGUAAAUAAAACAACCAGCAUGAGCAAUCAGCUUAUGUCAGAUUCCAUGGGUUUGUAUUACAUAGGGAAAUUACAGUGCAACCUGAAACAUGCUUCUUAAUGAAUUCAUAGUGCUGUCACAGUUGAAUGUAAACCCUUGAGCUUUUCUUUUGCGAAGGGUUUCAGAAAUCACCCUUUAUAAACUACCUAGGGGAGGGAAGAGAACUAAGAUGAUACUAACAAAUGCUAUCACUGGUUUUGUGGCUGCCUCCCUUACAGCACCAAAUUUUGCCAGUUAAGUAAAGCAGAAA